UGUCAGUCAGACAUGGAGCGGCCGUCGGCAGCUGCCACCGUCUUCUGGGCAGCACCGGCCGUACCAGUGCCACCACCACCGGCACCCAGGGGAGGCGGCAGUGGCGGCGCACUCGCCGGCAGCGCCUCGCGCCCCUGUGCGUAGUGACAGCGCCCUCCCCGGCCCCGCUGGCCCCCCGCCUCCCGCCGCAGCCGCCGCUGCCUGCGAUGCUCAGUCAUGAAACGUGUACGCACAGAACAGAUUCAGAUGGCAGUGUCCUGCUACCUCAAGCGUCGUCAGUAUGUGGACUCAGAAGGUCCCCUAAAACAAGGGCUGAGGCUGUGUCAGACCACUGAAGAGAUGGCAGCUAAUCUCACAGUCCAAUCUGAAUCUGGUUGUGCCAACGUUGUGUCUGCAGCUCCCUGCCUGGCAGAGCCACAGCAAUAUGAAGUACAAUUUGGACGAUUGCGCAAUUUUCUCACAGAUUCAGAUUCUCAGCACAGCCAUGAAGUGAUGCCUCUUCUGUAUCCCCUCUUUGUCUACCUCCAUCUGAACAUGGUCCAGAAUGGCCUAAAAAGCACAGUGGACAGUUUUUACAGCCGCUUCCAUGGCAUGUUCUUGCAGAAUGCCAGCCAGAAGGAUAUCAUUGAGCAGUUGCAGACUACCAUGACUAUUCAAGAUAUCCUGUCCAACUUGAAGCUUCGGGCUUUUCUGGACAACAAGUAUGUCAUCCGCCUUCAAGAGGACAGCUACAACUACCUUCUUCGCUACCUCCAAAGUGACAACAACAAUGCCCUGUGCAAAGUCUUGACCUUGCACAUUCACCUGGAUGUGCAGCCUGCAAAGAGGACUGACUACCAGCUCUAUGCUGGUGGGAGCUCCUCACGCAAUGAGAGCAAUGGCCUGGAACCCAGUGACGUGCCAGCUUCCAUUCUGCAGAAUGAGGCGGCCCUGGAUUUACUGCAGGACAGCAUUAAACGUGUCAAGGAUGGGCCCCCUUCCUUAACAACCAUCUGUUUCUAUGCCUUCUAUAACACGGAGCAGUUGCUGAACACUGCAGAGAUUUCACCAAAUAGCAAGCUGCUUGCUGCUGGUUUUGAUAAUUCGUGUGUGAAGCUAUGGAGCCUGCGUUCCAGGAAGUUGAAAUCUGAGCCGCACCUUGUUGAUGUGUCCCGCAUCCGUUUGGCUUGUGACAUCCUGGAUGAGGAGGAAGAAGAGGAUGACAGUGCAGGCACAGAAAUGAAGAUCCUGAGAGGACACUGUGGACCUGUGUACAGCACAAGGUUCCUUUCAGACAGUUCAGGACUCUUAUCUUGUUCUGAGGACAUGUCCAUCAGAUAUUGGGACCUCGGAAGUUUUACAAACACUGUGUUGUACCAAGGACAUGCCUAUCCUGUCUGGGAUUUAGACAUUAGCCCCUGCAGUCUGUACUUUGCCAGCGGUUCCCAUGAUCGCACUGCAAGGCUCUGGUCAUUCGAUCGGACGUACCCACUGCGAAUAUACGCAGGCCAUUUGGCAGAUGUAGACUGUGUCAAGUUCCACCCCAAUUCCAACUACUUAGCAACAGGCUCCACGGACAAAACUGUGCGCUUGUGGAGCACUCAGCAAGGCAACUCUGUACGUCUUUUCACCGGGCACCGUGGUCCCGUCUUAGCGCUUGCAUUUUCUCCCAAUGGUAAGUACCUGGCCUCAGCAGGUGAAGACCAGCGGCUGAAGCUGUGGGACUUAGCAUCAGGAACACUUUACAAAGAACUGAGGGGUCACACGGACAACAUAACCAGCCUUACUUUUAGCCCUGACAGCAGCUUAAUUGCUUCAGCUUCAAUGGACAAUUCAGUCCGUGUCUGGGACAUUCGGAACACUUACUGCAACGCUCCUGCAGAUGGGUCUUCCAGUGAACUGGUUGGUGUAUAUACUGGACAAAUGAAUAAUGUACUGAGCGUACAGUUUAUGGCCUGUAAUCUUCUUCUAGUGACUGGAAUUGCACAAGAAAAUCAGGAACAUUAAUUAUUUUUUUUUCUUAGGGAAAUGGGUAGAUGUAUUGAAUGCGAGAGUCCAUUGCAAGCUGAGAUUACUGACUGUGAAAAACUUCUCUUCCUCUGCCCCCUUGAAAAGCAUGUUUGUUCAGAGUGAUGCAAAUGCUUUAAAAUGUUUUGCCCACAAAAAGGUCCUUGCUGUUCAUAGAAUCAGAAUCACAGAAAACAUCAGGUUGGAAGAACCCUCAAAGAUCAUCUAGUCCAGCCUUCAACCCAGCACUGAAGAGUCAACACUAAACCAUGUCCCUAAGCACCAGGUUCACAGGCUGCUUAAACACCUCUGGGGACAGUGACUCCACCACUGUCCUGGGCAGACCAUUCCAAUGUCUGAUAAUCCUCUCUCUGAAGAAAUAGUUCCUAGCAUCCAGCUUGAGCCUCCCCUGGCACAGCUUGAAACCAUUUCAUCUAGUCCUGUCACUUGCCACCAAGGAGAAGAGGCUGCCCCCUCCUCGUUCCAACCUCCCUUCAGGUAGGUGUAGAGAGCGAUGAUGUCUCCCCUCAGAGAGCAAUGCCAGCUCCCUCAGACACUCCUCAUAGGCCUUGUGUUCCAGGCCCUUCACCAGCCUCAUUGCCCUUCUCUGAACAUGUUCCAGAGCCACAACGUUCCUGUUGCAGAGUGUGGCCCAGAACUGCACACAAUACUUGAGGUGUGGCCUUACCAGUGCUGAGUACAGGGAGACAAUCACCUCCCUAUUCCUGCUGGCCACAGUGUUUCUAAUACAAGCCAAGAUGCCAUUGGCUUUCUUGGCCACCUGUGCACACUGAUGACUCAUAAUUAAUCAACUGUCAGCCAGAACCCCCAUGUCCCUUUCCAAGCCACAUCUUUCCAAUCACACAUCCCCAAGUCUGCAGUUUACAAUGGGGUUGGUGUGACCUAGGUGGAGGACCUGGCACUUGGCCUUGUAAACUUCAUACAAUUAGCCUUGGCCCAUCAGUCUAACCUGUCCAGGUCCUGCUGCAAAGCCUCUCUACCCUUUAGCUGAUAACACAGCCACGCAUCUUGGUGUCAUCAGCAAAUUUACUGAGGGUGCACUCAAUCCCCUCAUGCAGAUCAUUGAUAAAUAUAUUGAAGAGGACAGGCCCUACUGCUGAAUCCUGGGGAUGCCACUAGUAACUGGGUGCCAGCCAGACUUCACUCCAUUCACCACCAGACUUUGGGCCCAGCCAUCCAGACAGUUUUUUUAAUCCAGUGCGGAGUGCACUUAUCCAAGCCAUGUGCCUUGAGUUUCUGAAGGAGAAUGCUGUGGGAGACAGUGUCAAAGGCUUUAGUAAAACUCCCAGUAGACAAUGUCUCUCAUCCACUAGGCAGGUCACCGUACUGUGGGAGAUCAGAUUAGUCAGGCAGGACCUGCCUUUCAUAAACCCAUGCUGAUUGGGCCUGGUUGUCUUGUAAGUGCUGUGUGAUGGCACUCAGGAUGACCGGCUCCGUGACCUUUC